AUGAAGACUUUGUUACUAUUCCUAAUAUUUAAUUAUUCUAAAACGUGGGCAAAGUUAUAUUUAGACGAUAAGAUCAAGUUUCCAUUGGAUACCGAUUUGUAUGAAAGAGUACUGGAUCAUCAGGAAUGUAACAAACAAUUGGGAUAUAUUCGACGGAAUGAUUCAUUACUAAUGUCUCGAUUUCUUGAUGCUGGAAUGAGAGUACCCAGAGGAAUAUUAUUAGGCAACUUAGUUGAUUUAGGAAAUUAUUAUCAAUGUCUUGAUAUACAUGAAUCCGUGAAAGAAAUGUCAAUUGAAGGAAAAUAUUGUAUGAUAAAAGUGCCAGUAAACCAAAAUUUUAAAAUAGAUGCUUCAUUUGAAAAGUUUAAAUACAAUUUUGAUCCAGGGACAUUAUUUUUGCAUGCAGAAACAAUUGAAAAUCUCGCGUUGGAAUGUCUACAAUCCAUAUAUAAUUUAUUUUGUUUUAGCAAUAACCAAAGCAGCCUUUUAUCUAAUAUACAAUUUAAUUUAGCACUAUGUGUACCUAAAGUAUGUACAACUGAAGAAACAAUAUCUGGUUUUUUAUUUAAUCUGACUGCAAUAGGUUUUAAGUAUGAAGAUGUUUACUGUCGACUUCCAAAUGACAAACCAUGGGCUCCUGUAGACUACAUAGCUAUAAUAAUAUUUUCAUUACUCGGUCUUUUGACAUUACUUAGUACAUCUUAUGAAGUAUAUCAUAAUGUAAUUUGUAAAAAAGAUCCUAAAAGAGUAAAUGAGAUCUUAAUUUCUUUUUCCGCUUUGACAAAUUGCCGUCGUCUUCUAGAUAUGAAUCCAAAUUCUGAUAAUAUAAGUUGUUUGGAUGGUAUUCGUGCUUUAGCUAUUUUGUGGGUGGUAGUUGGUCAUGUAUUCUAUGUCAUUGGUCACAUACCAGCCAAUCCAAUUUAUGCUGUGAAGUGGUCACAAUCAUAUGAAUCAAUUUGGAUUACGACAGCAUCUCUAACAGUGGAUACGUUUUUCUUCAUAAGCGGUUUACUUCUAGUUUAUAUAACAGCAAAAAAGCUUACGGGAAGAGAAUUAGUAAAAAAUCUUCCAUUCUUUUAUCUUAACCGCCUCCUACGCAUGUUUCCAGUACUAGCAGUUGUAGUACUUUACGAAGCAUCUUUAGCGAAUCGUGUAGCAGAUGGUCCAUUAUGGCAUCGAUUUAUGGUUGACAGUACACAUAAAUGCAGACAAUUCUGGUGGACUACUUUACUUCAUUUGCAAAAUUUCAUCAACCCAGAGCAAGUUUGCGUCGGUGUAACGUGGUAUUUAGCUAUUGAUGUUCAACUUCAUAUAUUAUCACCAAUAGUCUUAUUUUGGGUUCUCGGAAGAUCAAAAACUUUAGCGUGGUCAGCUCUCAUAGUGGCUUUGUGCGCAUCUCUAGCCGCUUCGACAACUUAUAUAUUUACAAGUGAACCUUUGAAAGAAACCUCGAACUACUUUGUUUAUUACUAUGUUAACAUUUUGACUCGUGCUCCACCAUUUUUUGUGGGAUUAGUUUAUGGCUAUUUGCUGCAUUUGUGGAGAAAAAGGAAAGCACGAAUACAUACGAUUUUACAUAGAUUUAUCACAUUAUUUAUUAUUUCCUUGUUUAUGUUGAUCAUGUACUGCAAAUUUAAAGGCGAUCUACUUGAUUUUCAAAAUAAAACAUUAAAGAGUUUGUUUCAUUCUUUCUUACGUCCUCUGUGGGCUUUGUCACUUGGCUGGAUUAUUUUUGUCUGCGUUAAUGGAUACGGAGGUCCUAUAAAUUGGUUUCUGUCACUGAACAUUUGGAAAAUUCCAGCUCGCAUUUCCUAUGCAUUGUAUUUGAUACACAUGACUUUAAUGAUGACUGUUUAUUCUACUUCAUUGCAGCCAGUGUUCUUUACAGUUGGAUCUGCUAUGUUUGACGCAUUUGGAUUCCUAUGGUUAUCAAUGUUCGUGGCUUUCUUUCUAACUGCAUUUGUAGAUGCACCGUUUGCUAUACUUUUCAAAAAGUUAUUCGAAUGUGUAUCGAAAAAGAAACCAAGGACAAAUGAGAAGCCAAGGAUUGCAGAAAGUAAUCAAAAUGGAACCAUACCUCAAGUACUUCAUAAACGCGAAAACUUAAUUACAAAGAUUUAGUAAUUAGAUUACCAAAUUAGAAUAAACAUUAGAAAUUAGAUCUGAAGAGUUGUAUUAUUCGGCUCACUGUUGAGCGCGUGUCUCCUUUUAGAACUGAGAGCGGCUAGGCCACCACACUGGACUUCACACACGUAGAGAGUCAA